AUGGCGGGAGAGUGGCUGGCAUCGAGAGGGGAGUCGAGGCGGAUGGGCAUGGGAGAGGAGGAGAGGAACAGCCUCAGUACUCAGUUAUUUAGUUCUUUAAAAAUAAAAAAUAAAAACACUUUCAGCUCCUACACUCAUUUCACUGUAACUUUGUCUUCAGGAGAGAGGGGGUUCCUGUAAAUUAAGAUGGAGGGACACUCCGUGCAAGUAACAGGCUGCAAUUGAUAUUAAUCACUUCAUCAUCCCAGACCUAAUCAGUCUCCUGAGAGUGUACUGCGUUAGUACAGCGUUAGUACAGCGUUACUGCAGGCACUCUGUUUUCCAUCUGUUUUGUCAGACAGCUCUGACUCUCUCCCAUAAUUAUAUGCUCAUUAGUCAUUGUUAAGUGUUGUCGGCACAGCCUUAGUCGUGUGUAUUUUGUGUGUAGGCCCUACUGUAUGUUUUGGCGUGACGUGGUGGAAAAGUGUUUUGCGAGCAGCCCUCUGCUUAUAUGAGUAAGUGUGUGUUUGAGAAGGUAUGUGCGUGUACGUGCGGUGCAUACAUGUGUAUGUAUUCCCCUCUGUUUGUGUAUGUGUGUCUGCUCCCCUCAGGGACAACGGGGCUGUGGAGGUAAACAGGCUCAUUAAGAGGCAUGUGAUCACAGCUGAGCACCCUGGGCCACAGCCUGAGUGGCGAGGAGUAAUGACACACCAUAGGGAUGCCGUGGCCGCCACACACACAGGUAGAUUCAUGGAGACUCCAGGGGAGGGAGGGGUGCAACACUGGGCCUCUCCAGCUUGUUACUGUCUCUGCUGCUGCUGUUCCAGCCACUCAAGCGUAUGUCCAACACCCCCUCCCCUCCCCUCCUCCUCUGCUCUUCAGAGCACCUUCACUGACAUAUGGUCCCCCUUGGUGAACCUAAGUUGGAUCCAUCUCUCCCUUUCCCUCUAGGGCUUUUAUGUGCUUGAGUGAAGGACUACGGUACUGUGUGUUAUCUGUUCACUGGGGACUUGGGAGGAACAUGAACUUCACUGUAUGCUGUAUUUUCCUCUGUAGUCACAAGUGGAGGAUGAUUAAGUCCAGAGGCAUCAUGCCCAUAGGGGGCACAGGGGCAUGUGCCCCCUCAGAUUUGUCCUGUUAAUUAUAAUAAUUAAAAAAAAAACAUUUUAAUAAUAAUAAUGUUUAGUUUUUUUCUGUGUAAUUCUACUAACCACUAACCAAUUUUAUGAAGUUGGCUUUAGCUAGGCCAGAUAGGUUCCCAAUCUCAUAACCUAAUAACCAAGAAGCCAUUUCAGGCUAUCAAUCAAGUUAGAGUAGCUAGCUUGUCUAACUAAGCUGGCAUGCCUGCUGGCAAGGUUGGUAGACUUUAGAAAAACAAACAAUUACUAACUGUAUGUACAGUGGGGGAAAAAAGUAUUUAGUCAGCCACCAAAUUGUGCAAGUUCUCCCACUUAAAAAGAUGAGAGAGGCCUGUAAUUUUCAUCAUAGGUACACGUCAACUAUGACAGACAAAAUGAGAAAAAAAAAUCCAGAAAAUCACAUUGUAGGAUUUUUAAUGAAUUUAUUUGCAAAUUAUGGUGGAAAAUAAGUAUUUGGUCAAUUACAAAAGUUUCUCAAUACUUUGUUAUAUACCCUUUGUUGGCAAUGACACAGGUCAAAUGUUUUCUGUAAGUCUUCACAAGGUUUUCACACACUGUUGCUGGUAUUUUGGCCCAUUCCUCCAUGCAGAUCUCCUCUAGAGCAGUGAUGUUUUGGGGCUGUCGCUGGGCAACACGGACUUUCAACUCCCUCCAAAGAUUUUCUAUGGGGUUGAGAUCUGGAGACUGGCUAGGCCACUCCAGGACCUUGAAAUGCUUCUUACGAAGCCACUCCAUCGUUGCCCGGGCGGUGUGUUUGGGAUCAUUGUCAUGCUGAAAGGCCCAGCCACGUUUCAUCUUCAAUGCCCUUGCUGAUGGAAGGAGGUUUUCACUCAAAAUCUCACGAUACAUGGCCCCAUUCAUUCUUUCCUUUACACGGAUCAGUCGUCCUGGUCCCUUUGCAGAAAAACAGCCCCAAAGCAUGAUGUUUCCACCCCAUGCUUCACAGUAGGUAUGGUGUUCUUUGGAUGCAACUCAGCAUUCUUUGUCCUCCAAACACGACAAGUUGAGUGUUUACCAAAAGUUCUAUUUUGGUUUCAUCUGACCAUAUGACAUUCUCCCAAUCCUCUUCUGGAUCAUCCAAAUGCACUCUAGCAAACUUCAGACGGGCCUGGACAUGUACUGGCUUAAGCAGGGGGACACGUCUGGCACUGCAGGAUUUGAGUUCUGGGAUUUUUGCUCACUGUUCUUGUGAUCAUUUUGACCCCACGGGGUGAGAUCUUGCGUGGAGCCCCAGAUCGAGGGAGAUUAUCAGUGGUCUUGUAUGUCUUCCAUUUCCUAAUAAUUGCUCCCACAGUUGAUUUCUUCAAACCAAGCUGCUUACCUAUUACAGAUUCAGUCCUCCCAGCCUGGUGCAGGUCUACAAUUUUGUUUCUGGUGUCCUUUGACAGCUCUUUGGUCUUGGCCAUAGUGGAGUUUGGAGUGUGACUGUUUGAGGUUGUGGACAGGUGUCUUUUAUACUGAUAACAAGUUCAAACAGGUGCCUGUAGAGUCUCCUCAGGUAACGAGUGGAGGACAGAGGAGACUCUUAAUGAAGAAGUUACAGGUCUGUGAGAGCCAGAAAUCUUGCUUGUUUGUAGGUGACCAAAUACUUAUUUUCCACCAUAAUUUGCAAAUAAAUUCAUAAAAAAUCCUACAAUGUGAUUCUCUGGAAAAAAAUUCUCAAUUUGUCUGUCAUAGUUGACGUGUACCUAUGAUGAAAAUUACAGGCCUCUCUCAUCUUUUUAAGUGGGAGAACUUGCACAAUUGGUGGCUGACUAAAUACUUUUUUUCCCCACUGUAUGUACUCAUAUUUCUUUCAAUCAUUUACCCAGAUUUUAGCAGAGAUGCAGAAAAUAAUAUUUAGUUUCUUUAAAAAAAUAACCACCAGUCAGGAGGAUACAGACAGCUCAAGAGGUAUGCUUAGAUACUGUAUGCAGAAAAAUAUACUUUUUUUUUUUUUUACAUAGAAUUAAGCAUAAUGAUUAUGGCUCUAGAUUGCAGGAAAAUACAGUUUCAGGUGUUUGAAAAAUAUAAAAUUCUCCAACUGCGUGUGCAUGCAUGUGUGUGUGUGAGCAGAGCAUCAGCUGACAAAUAGAUUCUGCUGUAAACAAAAAUACUCCUGCUGGAACCACAAAUGUCGCCUUUGAGGAAAGGGGGAAAUCUAGUCAGUUGCACAACUGAAUGCAUUCAACCGAAAUGUGUCUUCCGCAUUUAACCCCUCUGAAUCAGAGAGGUGCGGGGGGCUGCCUUAAUCGAUAUCCACGUCAUCGGUGUCCGGGGAGCAGUUGUUGGGGGUUAACUGCUUUGCUCCCACCUUGCCGGCUUGGAGAUUCCAACCAGCGACCUUUCGUUACAGGCCCAACGCUCUUAAUCGCUAGGCUACCUGCCGCUCCCACACAUUAUGUAACAUUUGGGCAAAGCAGCAGACACACACACACACACACACACACACACACACACACACACACACACACACACACACACACACACACACACAAUCAGCAGGGUUCGACCCUGCUGCUUCUGUAUUGAUCUUGAUGGAAGUUCUCUCUUUCUCUCCUUCUCUUCCCCUCUCUCUCUUCCUCUCUCCUGUUCUCUGUUGCCUAUGGCUGAACUCCUCAUGCAAACUAAAUUAAUCUAUGUUGUCUUGAUAACACAGGAAAAAACUAUCCAAAAACAUCUGGGAACAUUUGAGCAAAUAGGACAUCUACAUUACUGACUGCAAUACAGUUUUGUUAUUAGAACGUUGUGACUCCAUUGAUCAAUUCUCACGCUAACAAAAUAUGUUUGAUUACAUCUCAGUGCAGAUAUACACUGAGUAUACAAAACAUUAAGAACAACACCACCUACAGAGGUGGUCCUCUGUAGCUCAAUUGGUAGAGCACAGCGCUUGUAACGCCAGGGUAGAGUUUCGAUCCCCGGGACCACCCAUAUGUAAAGAUGUAUGCACACAUGACUGUAAGUCGCUUUGGAUAAAAGAGUCUGCUAAAUGGCAUAUUAUUAUUAUAUUAUAUCCUCUUUCCAUUAUAUACACUGAGUAUUCAAAACAUUAAGAACAUCCUCUUUCCAUGACAUAGACGGACCAAGUGAAUCCAGGUGAAAGCUUUGAUCCCUUAUUGAUGUCACUUGUUAAAAUCACUUCAAUCAGUCUAGAUGAAGGGGAGGAGACAGGUUAAAGAAGGAUUUUUAAUCCUUGAGACAAUUGAGACAUGGAUUGUGUAUGUGUGCCAUUCAGAGGGUGAAUGGGCAAGACAAAAGAUGUACGUGCCUUUGAACAGGGUAUGGUAGUAGGUGCCAGGCGCACCGGUUUGUGUCAAGAACUGCAACGCUGCUGGGUCUUUUCAAGCUCAAGUUUCCUGUGUGUAUCAAGAAUGGUCCACCACCCAAAGGACAUCCAGCCAACUUUACACAACUGUGGGAAGCAUUGUAGUCAACAUGGGCCAGCAUCCCUGUGGAAAUCUUUAGACACCUUGUAGAGUCCAUGCCCCAACGAAUUGAGGGGGGGGGGGGGGGGGGGGGGUGCAACUCAAUAUUGGGAAGGUGUUCCUAAUGUUUGGUAUACUCAGUGUAUGUUAUUAUACUAUAUGCUUUGAUUAUAAUAUUCUCCAUCGUAGUCCCCUGUAGCUCAGUUGGUAGAGCAUGGCGCUUGCAACGCCAGGGUUGUGGGUUCGUUUCCCACGGGGGGCCAGUAUGAAAAGGUAUGCACUCACUAACUGUAAGUCGCUCUGGAUAAGAGCGUCUGCUAAAUGACUAAAAAUGUAAAAAUGUAUUCAGAGAAAGUAUUGAUGUAGUACUCCAGCUCUCCACCAGGUGUCUCUAGUGUAAUAUGGAAUAGUGUACUUUCUCUGUGUUUCCACAGCAGCUCCCUCUCUGGUUUAAAGAGCCCACAUGCCAGUAUUAUGACAUCAGUUCAGGCCUGGACCUGUUUCAACUGUCAGCCUUACCUGUAUACCUGUUUCAGAGCCAUGUAAAUACCUACUUCAUAAACUUCAACUUGGUAGUGUCUUUACACUCAAAGGAAAUACCUCAGGCAUCAGACAAUCCCCAACCAAGCAUUUAAUCUAACACGCAACACAGCAACAGAUGUUUUUGAGGUUUAGGUCUAGUUUGCUGAGAGAUGCAUAAACAGUGCUACCGUACACAAUAUAUAAUUGAAUUGUGAUUGAUUGAAUCUGAUUGAUGAUGCUAAUGCUAUUGCUCUGUGUUGUGUUUCCCUACAGUAAAGUAGAGACAGCAGCCAUUGAGACAGAGCUGGUGAGGGACUACAGGUUUGGCCAGCAGCAGCUGAUAGAGAUCUGGGGGCAUGCCUGUGCCAUCGCCAUCACCAAGGUACUGUAUGUACCACCCUUAUCCCCCCACUCCUUUUUCCUUCCUCUCUCCAAUAAUCACCUUUUUCGGGCUACUCAUCAAUCCAUGUAUCCAUCAAUCAAUCAAUCAAUCAAAUGUAUUUAUAAAUCCCUUUUUACAUCAGCAGAUGUCACAAAGUGUUUAUACAGAAACCCAGCCUAAACCCCCAAACAGCAAGCAAUGCAGAUGUAGAAGCACGGUGGCUAGGAAAAACUCCCUAGAAAGGCAGGAACCUAGGAAGCAACCUAAAGAGGAACCAGGCUCUGAGGGGUGGCCAGUCCUCUUCUGGCUGUGCCAUCCUUCCUUCCAUCCAUCCAUCUAUCUAUCCAUCCAUCCAUCCCUCUCUCCCAUUCCCAGUCUCUGAUGCUGUUUCACCUAAUAGUAUUUCAAAACCAUGCAACUUUCUAAGGGCUCGUGACAUAUGAACUGUGAAUAGAGAUUUAGGGAACACACAGGGACUGUUCUGUUCUCUGUGUUUUUGGAAAAAACUUGUUUUUUUGUGUUGACUGGGUCUUUACUUACAGUUGUGGGAUAACUGUCCCUCUCAUCAGUGCUGUGUCUCUGCUCCAUAAAUCCUGAGGCACACCAGAGCCUCUGUUCCUCUGUUCACUACUGGGCCUGAUGAGAGACUGUUCUGCUCCUCUGCUGGGAGCCAGUCUGGCAAGUCCACAUGCCCCUUACAUCAGACCCCUACAUGUGUGUGUGUGUAUGUGUGUUCGUCUCUUUGUGUAAUGUGUGGUGAGCAUCCUGUAAGUUAGUUCUCCCAGCCAGACUGCCUAUGGUCAGCAGUAGCAGGGUAUGGAGUGUGGAGCUGUCAGUAACACACGCGGUUCCUUUGACCAGACGGUCGGUUGGUUUAACCCUGUAGUCGUUUCCUCCACAAGAACCCAGUGUGGUGUGAUUAAUGUUCCCUGAGCUUCCAGACAUAUGAGACACUUUCCUGUCAGAGAAAAAGAGAGAGAGAAAGAGACCAAGAAAGAGUGAGUGCUCCCCUCAGAGCGUCUGAUUACCUCAACCACAUCCACCUACCACCAUUAUCACCAAAAGCCAAUGGUCCAUGGCUAGAGCGGACCCAGCCGCAGCACACAUACUGUAGCUAGACAAACAGUGCCUGGCUCGGCCUGGGCCCGGAGCGGCCAGGGGCUACUGCACCCACACGCAUUAAAUCACUGUUAUUAAGGAAAAGUGCAGUAGUAGGGCUUUGUGAUUUCACUGCAGUGGUUGCGGUUGCCAGAUAACAUUAAUUUCUCACAGAGUAAACGCUCCAUAUACGUCCAAAGACAUCCAACCUCCCUGGCAGCAACCACACGGGCCCAUCAAGGGUCCAUCUCAGCGGUGUUCCUCUGUGAUCUGGUGUGCGUGAGUGCAGCGCCUGUGUUCAGCCAAGGGGUUAGGAUAGCAGGCAAAGGCCUUUCAGCACCUGGGGAGACAAAGAAUGUUCCGCUUCCACGGAGCAGUAAACGCUGGAGUCUGUUGUCCCUGGGUCCCUGUUCUGUCUACUCAAGAUGUGUUCAAUAUGUCAACGUGUCCAUUUGAAAAACACAUUGAUUAUCCUGCUCAGCUUUCAUCAGGAGUGUGUAGCUGUAUGUUUAUGUUUGGGUGAUUCCUCACGAAACUAGAUUAAAAAAAGACCAUGAUAUUUGGGAUUUUCACGAAAUGUAAUCCAUAAAAGGGUCCUUUGGAGGAAAGAUUGUUGACAUAUGUUUGACAUUUGUAUCUUAAAGCAUAAUUGAGAAAUAAUUAAUUGAAGUUGGAAUAUUUGUGCCAUUUUGGCCUUACCCAGGCUCCAUAAUGUUUCAUCUGUAGAUGCUACAAAGCAAAAAUGUGUAAUACGAAGCUUUAUCACCUGCUCUGUAAUAUGAGUCGUAUUUAUAUAUUUUUUAUUUUUUUUAUACAUUAAUUUAUGAAUAUUGAAAAAUAUAAAAAGGUAUUUUGUGAAAAUACAAAAUAUCACAGUAUUUUUUUGUUCUAGUUUUGUGAGGAAUCAUCCGUUUAUGUGUUUGUAUUUGUGGGUGUGUGUGUGGUGGGACACAUGGGUGUGGGGGCAUGUGGGUGUGGGGGCAUGUGUGUGUGGGGGCAUGUGUGUGUGUGUGUGUCGUGUGGUGGGACACGUGGGUGUGGGGGCAUGUGGGUGUGGGGGCAUGUGUGUGUGUGUGUGUCGUGUGGUGGGACACGUGGGUGUGGGGGCAUGUGGGUGUGGGGGCAUGUGUGUGUGUGUGUGUCGUGUGGUGGGACACGUGGGUGUGGGGGCAUGUGGGUGUGGGGGCAUGUGUGUGUGUGUGUGUCGUGUGGUGGGACACGUGGGUGUGGGGGCAUGUGUGUGUGUGUGUGUGGUGGGACACGUGGGUGUGGGACACGUCGGUGUGGGACACGUGGUGUGGGACACGUGUGUGUGUGGGGGCAUGUGGGUGUGGGGGCAUGUGUGUGUGUGUGUGUGUCGUGUGGUGGGACACGUGGGUGUGGGGGCAUGUGGGUGUGGGGGCAUGUGUGUGUGUGUGUGUGUCGUGUGGUGGGACACGUGGGUGUGGGGGCAUGUGGGUGUGGGGGCAUGUGUGUGUGUGUGUGUCGUGUGGUGGGACACAUGGGUGUGGGGGCAUGUGUGUGUGUGGUGGGACACGUGGGUGUGGGACACGUCGGUGUGGGACACGUGGUGUGGGACACGUGUGUGUGUGGGGGCAUGUAUGUGUUUGUGUGUGUGGUGUGUGUGUCUGUGUCUGUGUGUGUGUGUGUGUGUGUGUGUGUGUGUAUCAGGUGGAUGAGAGCAGAGGCCCUAUAGUGCAGGGAUGGGCAACUUUGAUGGGGGUGGGGGCCACAAAAAUGUUAUAACAAAUUUUAUGCAAUUUUACUCAUUUUGCCAUGGGGCGCAGAUUUUUUUUGGCAGUUUUACAGAUAAUUUCCUGAAAUUAUGCACAUUUUGUCAUAGGGUGGAGGCAAAUGUUUGCAGUUUUUAAUAUGAUAACUGAUGAUCAAUGGGCCACACCCCGGUUCGUAAUUUGGCCAUGCUUGCUACAAGUUUAUAUAGUCUAGCGGUCAGCUAACUUACCAAUCAAAAACAAAAUUGCUGACAUGAACAAAACAUUUUUUCGUUUAUUGGUCCACGGGCCUACGAAAGGGCAGGCCGCCAGUUGCCCAUCCCUGAUAUAAUGUACCUCAUUACUAUGGAUAUCAGGUCUUUAGCUCUGAUCCCCCCUCCUCUCUCAGUCAACUUACCUUGUAAAAUAAAAUUAAAAGUAGGCUUAGCCUCUGGGACCUUAUUAGAGUCAAUACAGCCAUUGCUCCUGUGUGUGUGUGUGUGUGUGUGUGUGUGUGUGUGUGUGUGUGUGUGUGUGUGUGUGUGUGUGUGUGUGUGUGUGUGCAUGCGUGCGUGCGUACGUACGUGUGCAUGCGUGUGCGCACGUGUAUGAGGAUAGGUACCAUGAGCUGACAUAACAGCAUUCCUCCAGAUAGGAGCAAGGGGCAGGGUAGCAGGGUAGCAUGGUAGCAGGGUAGCAGGGCUACACCCUGACUACUAAACCCAGACCAGGGCAUGCUGCUCCUCUAAAACCAGCUUGUUCCACUGGAUGUGAAUUUUCGACAUCUACUGAAACGACCAUCUCUUUAAAUCAAAUCAAAUCAAAUCAAAUUUUAUUGGUCACAUGCGCCGAAUACAACAGGUGCAGACAUUACAGUGAAAUGCUUACUUACAGCCCUUAACCAACAGUGCAUUUAUUUUAAACAAAAAAAGUAAAAAUAAAACAACAACAACAAAAAAGAGUGUUGAGAAAAAAAAGAGCAGAAGUAAAAUAAAGUGACAGUAGGGAGGCUAUAUAUACAGGGGGGUACCGUUGCAGAGUCAAUGUGCGGGGGCACCGGCUAGUUGAGGUAGUUGAGGUAAUAUGUACAUGUGGGUAGAGUUAAAGUGACUAUGCAUAAAUACUUAACAGAGUAGCAGCAGCGUAAAAAGGAUGGGGUGGGGGGGCAUUGCAAAUAGUCCGGGUAGCCAUGAUUAGCUGUUCAGGAGUCUUAUGGCUUGGGGGUAGAAGCUGUUGAGAAGUCUAUUGGACCUAGACUUGGCACUCCGGUACCGCUUGCCGUGCGGUAGCAGAGAGAACAGUCUAUGACUAGGGUGGCUGGAGUCUUUGACAAUUUUGAGGGCCUUCCUCUGACACCGCCUGGUAUAGAGGUCCUGGAUGGCAGGAAGCUUUGCCCCAGUGAUGUACUGGGCCGUACGCACUACCCUCUGUAGUGCCUUGCGGUCGGAGGCCAAGCAGUUGCCAUACCAGGCGGUGAUGCAACCAGUCAGGAUGCUCUCGAUGGUGCAGCUGUAGAAUUUUUUGAGGAUCUGAGGACCCAUGCCAAAUCUUUUUAGUCUCCUGAGGGGGAAUAGGCUUUGUCGUGCCCUCUUCACGACUGUCUUGGUGUGUUUGGACCAUGAUAGUUCGUUGGUGAUGUGGACACCAAGGAACUUGAAGCUCUCAACCUGUUCCACUACAGCCCCGUCGAUGAGAAUGGGGGCGUGCCCAGUCCUCUUUUUUUUCCUGUAGUCCACAAUCAUCUCCUUUGUCUUGGUCACGUUGAGGGAGGGGUUGUUGUCCUGGCACCACACGGCCAGAUCUCUGACCUCCUCCCUAUAGGCUGUCUCAUCGUUGUCGGUGAUCAGGCCUACCACUGUUGUGUCGUCGGCAAACUUAAUGAUGGUGUUGGAGUUGUGCCUGGCCAUGCAGUCAUGGGUGAACAGAGAGUACAGGAGGGGACUGAGCACGCACCCCUGAGGGGCCCCCGUGUUGAGGAUCAGUGUGGCAGAUGUGUUGUUACCUACCCUUACCACCUGGGGGCGGCCCGUCAGGAAGUCCAGGAUCCAGUUGCAGAGGGAGGUGUUUAGUCCCAGGAUCCUUAGCUUAGUGAUGAGCUUAGAGGGCACUAUGGUGUUGAAUGCUGAGCUGUAGUCAAUGAAUAGCAUUCUCACGUAGGUGUUCCUCUUGUCCAGGUGGGAAAGGGCAGUGUGGAGUGCAAUAGAGAUUGCAUCAUCUGUGGAUCUGUUGGGGCGGUAUGCAAAUUGGAGUGGGUCUAGGGUUUCUGGGAUAAUGCUGUUGAUGUGAGCCAUGACCAGCCUUUCAAAGCACUUCAUGGCUACAGACGUCAGUGCUACGGGUCGGUAGUCAUUUAGGCAGGUUAUCUUAGAGUCCUUGGGCACGGGGACUAUGGUGGUCUGCUUGAAACAUGUUGGUAUUACAGACUCAGUCAGGGACAUGUUGAAAAUGUCAGUGAAGACACUUGCCAGUUGGUCAGCACAUGCUCGGAGUACACGUCCUGGUAAUCCGUCUGGCCCUGCGGCCUUGUGAAUGUUGACCUGCUUAAAAGUCUUACUCACAUCGGCUACGGAGAGCGUGAUCACAUAGUCAUCCGGAACAGCUGGUGCUCUCAUUAGUCUUUAAUCAUUCUGUUAGCGCUAAUGGCCUAAUCCUAAAGCAAGGUGAGAUAAGAUAGAAAAGAUAAGAGGAUGCUGCUGUAAAAGGCACUCAGGUUUCACACUGCAUUCACAGUAUGUGCAUAUUGAAUGUCACUUCCACUCCUAUCAGAGAUGGCUGGUCCUUAUUGGGCUACGGUGCUAAUUAGCGUUAGCAUUUACCACAGGGGAACAGGUCAGAGAGGGUGUCAUCACAUCAGCGCAGCGAGAGACACACAUGAAAACCCUGUUGCACAGCAGGAGACACACUACUACACCCUUAAUGACACCAGGAAGCCGUUUCAUCUGUUUCAGCCACUUAGAUAAGAAAAUGUUGCCUAUCUCUUUCCUCUUUCUCGCUACGCGCAGAAUGUAGCUUCUGCUGCCGUCAUUAUCCUUCCACCUCACAGACUCGAUGCCGCCAUUACCAUCCUUCUUUCAUCUCAUUUAGAGUGUAUCUGCUCCCAGACAGAACAUUUAUGUUACAGAUAAUGGCUGCUGUCUCUCUUCUACCGGCAUAAUUACUGUAAUUAAUGCUUUCAUGUCUGUAUUAAUCUGAUACAGCAAUUAGAGUAUGGCUCCAUUUGUUGCACGGUAAUGUACCACUCCAUUUAGAGUCCCGGUUUUAGCGGCCAUAUUGAAAGUGGUCCAGUAUAAUACUUAGUGUUAGGCUACACAUUUGGUUUGGUAAAGCUGUUGGAAAGUGAGGUGAGACACCUUUAGCUGUGAUGUUGCUAGUAGCUAGCAACACUACAUGUUUCACUCCCCUACUGAUUCUAUUUAGGUGUGAGGAGGAAGAUUGGACCACUUAAGUCAACAUGCCGUCUCCAGCGGGAUAAAGUGGCGGAUACCUUUGCUGCCUCUCUUAAGGACGUGUGAGGGGAUUUACUGGGGUAUGUGCUCUGCCCCUGUAAAACAGAGAAGGGGAGAUGCCAGUGGCCCAGUGGGGAAACUCAUGGCUCAGGCCUGAUGGAAAGUAGUGUGUUAUUUAAAGGGAGCAACCUGUGGUGUCCGGCUCUGUUUUUUUUUUCAUUCCUGUCAGGGUUAUUUUAAUGAGUUUGGUGCUUUCUGUCAUUAAAAAAAGACCUGGGUGCCAUUUCCCCUGGCCAUGGCAUGGCGUCCCUGGCACGCGAAGGAGAGAGUCUGACAGUGAUGGAGGGUCAGUCUGGCGGAUGUAAUGACCUGUACACUGGACAAUGAGUCUACUAGGCUAACUGGUGAUGUUUCUGUCUCACUCUCUGUCUCUCUCUCCCUCCAGGCCUUUCCUCUGACCUCCCUGGGUAAGAAGCAGCCAACAGUGUUGGUGGUCUGUGGUCCUGACCAGAACGGCUCCAUCGGCCUGGUGUGUGCCCGCCACCUACGCAUAUUUGUAAGUAUACCACAGAAGACUGCACUGGCCAUGCACACACCAGCCAUCUCACACACAUGGCCAUGUGGACAAUAUCAGACUAUAGUUACUAAUGAAAGAAAUGGUUCAGUGAGUUUAUUGCAGGAUAAAGUAACAAGGCUUCCACUAUGUUUACGGAGAUUUUCAUAAAAUCUAUAAAUAGACCUUAAUGAUUAAUUGAUCCAUUACGGGAUUGAAAAUGUCGAUGGCAUCACUUCAUUGUUACCCUCAUUAAAUACUGUCUGGUUACAGUUGGCACUGGUAGCGUACCAUGAUGUCAUGUUGGUGAUGUCAUUACUUUAGUCACAUUAGUUUGCAUGACUGUGGAUAUGCUGUUCUGUGGUGUGAAGACAUUUAUUGCAAUAUUACAGACGAUUACAGUACAUUAACUAAAAACAUAAUUUGAAUAAGGAUUUACACGUUAUGAUAUAGUGAGGCAAGUCUACUAUCUUUAUUCUAUUUGGCCUAAACCAUAAAUGCGUUUUGGUUUUCCUGCCUUAGAACAGAAUGUAUCUAUAUAACUUCACCAAAUGUGUCUGAAAUGGCAAAUAUAUGGAGCAUCGAUAUAUCUGAUUAAAACCAUGUUGACAGCAGCUGUUAAAGUUGCAAGAUGACUGUCUGUGAAGCUCUCAGGGCAGUGACUGGGCCUGGGGUCAACACAGAUAUAUUUUACACCAGGAUUCCAGGAAUGAAUAAAGCACUUCCACAUAACUUCGAUCCAAAUAAAGAAAUCAUCAGUCGAUGAAUCCCUGACCGUUGAAUCCCAUUAGUCUUAUUCCAUGCAGGAUUCACAAGUUCAGGUCUUAAAGAGGUAGUGCACUGCAGCAGAUAAGACCAAGGUCUUUAGCUCUGAUCUGGGAACUGUACAUUUGAUUAAACAGAGCGUAGAUUACUAUUUGGCCACUGGCAAAUUAGUUAAACCAGACUGAUUUCAAAUCAAAAUCAAAUCAUAUCCAUUUUUAUUGGUCACAUACACAUAUUUAGCAGAUGUUAUUACGGGUGUAGUGAAAUGCUUGUGUUCCUAGCUCCAACAGUGCAGUAGUAUCUAACAAUUCACAACAAUACACACAAAUCUAAAAGUAAAAUAAUAUUAGGACGAGCAAUGUCUGAGUGGCAGUGACUAAAAUACAGUCCUGGGCAGUCCUGGGCUAGCCAUCCAUGUUCACUGAGCUAGCAUGUGUCUCAGUAUGUUUGGCAUGCAUCUGUGGUUCUUUCCACUGCUAAAUAAAUGGCGAGGCAAAAUAUUGCACACAGAAAAGACAAAUAGUCCCCAAGUCAAAGCUCAUCUUCAUCAGAUUCUGUCUGAAUAUGAUUAUGUCUGUGACCGUUAGUCCACCCUGUUGUUCAGGCAAGGGAGGAUGCACAUGAUGUUCUACAGUUCUUUCGGAACAUAAUGCGGUUCUUUCGUGUUUCUUGUGAACAAAAACACCUCGGUGUCUGAAAGAAUCAAGUUUAUCACAUGACUGAUGAAUCCCAGAGAUUCUACAAUGUCUUUUCAAUGUGGCCUUUGUGUCACUGUUUAAACAAACCACCGUGAAUCUCAACGGACUGUGACCAAAGAGAAGACGCUCCUUCAAGGCCUACUCAGAAUGCUCAUCUUUCAGGAAGAGGAAGUUCAACGGUGGGAACGCUUAACAUCAACAAGAAAAGGCGUGUGACCUGUCUGUAACUUGUAGUCAUACCUAAUUUCUCCUGUAUGCCUCUUAGUUGACACUUGUUGACGCUAGAGAGCGUCCUGAUGGUGCCUCCGUCCCCGAGGUAUGUCUGUCUCAUGUUGACGCUGUAACCUUUUCUAGGUCAGGGCACCAAGGGGUCACUAAGGGGUCGCAGCCACCCUAGAGGGACGUCUCUCUCUGGGUUCUUUAGAGGUGGUUAUGAAAGAUGACGUCAGUUUCCCGUUCUCCGGCCACUGUCGUUGAAGCCUGAUUGGUUUAAUGUCUCCCAGGAGCGAGUUGGAGCAUGUGGACCGACGUCUGGGCUGACAGACCACUUCCCCCUCUGACUGACCAGGGCCAGCUAGUCAGAAAUGGAGGGACCUGAACCUCUCACUGCCUGGUUUACAUACCCAGCAUGACCAGAAAACACAGCAGCACACUGAGGCCCUUUCACAUAGACUAUUUAUCACUGUGAUUGAGGCCCAUUAGCGGUGGGGAUCACGGCUGGCCAUCGUUUAACAUCACAAGCCACAGGUGUCUGGCUUUCCACUCUCCCUAAACAUCUAUCAUUAAUCAUGUAGGUGUAGUUUAGUCAUCCCAGAGUCCAGAGGGCUAGUAGGCGUACAACGCUGUGCUAACCAGUCUCUGUCUGUCUGUCCAGCCCUGAUCUACACACAGACCGACAGACCAGAGGGAGAGAGGGGUAGGAAAACAGCAAAGUAUGUUCUCUCUUAAAUUGUCACCUUGUUAGAGGGCCUGUAUUAAUUUAUAUGGUUACAGAAUAUUUCAUUCAUACUUCAUUUUCAUAUACUUUUCCUUUAACUAUGUGUCAUUCUCUCUCUCUCUCUCUCUCUCUCUCUCUCUCUCUCUCUCUCUCUCUCUCUCUCUCUCUCUCUCUCUCUCUCUCUCUCUCUCUCUCUCUCCUUUCAACAGGAGUAUGAGCCCACCAUCUACUAUCCCAAACGCACCCCUCACACCAUUCACCAGGACUUCACAGUUCAGUGUGAGAAGAUGGACAUCCCAUUCCUCUCCUAUCUCCCAACAGAGGUGAGCAACAUAAAAAAGGACCAUAAAACAUUAAAUGUUAGAUGUCAAGUUUAAUUCAAGUAUUAAUUUAUGUCUUAUACUUUUUAUAGACACAAAUGAAUCCUUGAAUUAAACUUGAAUUAAACAUCUGCUAGCGUAACUGAUUUAUGAAAGUGCACCUUGCUGGAGCUGUGAGCACAAUGUAAAGCUCUUGUCUAGAUGCUGACCAGAGUUUGGGUUGUGGUUGUGUUAUGGUUGUGUGUUCAGGUGUUGAUCAGAGUUUGGGUUGUGGUUGUGUUAUGGUUGUGUGUUCAGGUGUUGAUCAGAGUUUGGGUUGUGGUUGUGUUAUGGUUGUGUGUUCAGGUGUUGAUCAGAGUUUGGGUUGUGGUUGUGUUAUGGUUGUGUGUUCAGGUGUUGAUCAGAGUUUGGGUUGUGGUUGUGUUAUGGUUGUGUGUUCAGGUGUUGAUCAGAGUUUGGGUUGUGGUUGUGUUAUGGUUGUGUGUUCAGGUGUUGAUCAGAGUUUGGGUUGUGGUUGUGUUAUGGUUGUGUGUUCAGGUGUUGAUCAGAGUUUGGGUUGUGGUUGUGUUGUGGUUGUGUGUUCAGGUGUUGAUCAGAGUUUGAGUUGUGGUUGUGUUAUGGUUGUGUAUUCAGGUGCAGUUGAUCAACGAUGCCUAUAACCUGGUGAUCGAUGCCAUCCUGGGGCCAGAGACUGACCACACAGACGUGAAGGAGCCCUACGCUGGCAUCCUAGUCACUCUGAAGCAGGUCAAGAUCCCCAUCGUCAGUGUGGACAUACCCUCAGGUAAGGCUGAGCGCUCUGCUGCACAUUCAACAUGUACCAGUGUUGCACAGAUGUACAGAAAGUUGCCCAAAACAGGAUUUUAGCUCUGAGCUAAACACGAAUAAGCCAUAUGAAAAAGAAGAGCCUGUACAUGCUCUACCACAGGAGGUUGGUGGCACCUUGAUUGGGGAGGACGGGCUCAUAGUAAUGUCUAAAAUGGAGUCAAUGGAAUGGUAUCGAACUCAUCAAACACAUGGUUUCCAUGUAUUUGAUACAUUUUACAUUUUAGUCAUUUAGCAGACGCUCUUAUCCAGAGACCGACUUACAGUUAGUGAGUGCAUACAUUAUUUUUUUAUAUAUACUUUUUUAUUUUUCAUACUGGCCCCCCGUGGGAAUCGAACCCACAACCCUGGCGUUGCAAAUGCCAAGCUCUACCAAACUGAGCUACAUCCCUGCCGGCCAUUCCCUCCCCUACCCUGGACAACGCUGGGCCAAUUGUGCGCCGCCCCAUGGGUCUCCCGGUCACGGCCGGCUACGACAGAGCCUGGAUUCGAAACAGGAUCUCUAGUGGCACAGCUAGCACUGCGAUGCAGUGCCUGAUACCAUUCCAUUCACUCCAUUCCAGACAUUACUAUGAGCCAUUCUCCCCUCAGCAGUCUCAUGUGUGCUCCACAAUACACCUGACCACAUUUGCAGCUGCGAUAGCCUUUGUCAGAUCAACCUCAAGUCAUCCUCAACACUGCUGAGCUGUUGAGGCCAACCUGGAUGGACUGAGAUAGUAAAGCAUGUAGCUAAGUGCAGUACAUCUAUUUGGCCCAUUAUAUCACACCCUCUCCCCAUUUCAUUUGUUCUGGAAUGCUGCUACCUGGCAGGUGUCUCAUCUGUAAGAUAUUAAAUGCCGAUUAAAGUUGAAAGGAGAAGAUCAAGUGAGAUACUCACUCUCUCCAUUAUGUUAUUUCACGUGACAUAGCUAGUAGAUGUCAGCAGGCUAGUUGCCCCAUCAAUGGAGAUGGAAUUAAAAUGGUGAUCAUCAUUUCUCUGUUUAUUAAAGGUUGGGAUGUGGACCAGGUGACCUCAGAUGGGAUCAACCCAGACGUCCUGAUCUCGCUUAUGGCACCAAAGAGAUGCGCCACCAGUUUCACGGGGAAGCACUACUUGGCGGGACGCUUCCUGCCUUAUGACAUCCAGAAGAAAUACGAUCUGAACCUGCCAGAAUACCCAGGCAUAGACAGUGUUAUAGAAUUGUAAAAUCUUCUGUACACCCUCACCAGUCCUCAUUUUGGAUAAAUAUGGAUAAUAUAUUCACGUUUUGUAUUUUAUAGAUUGUUACUGUGCUUUAUUGUUCAUGUGCUAC